CAUACCGGGAGGCGGACAGAGCUCGCGAGCUACCGGGGUUCCCAGAUAACGGGACUAUCUUGACGGACGCACACGCACACACAGACGGAUGGUGAUGGGACAGAGCCAUCGGGCUGAAAUAGUCUUAACGGGUACCGUGUUGUUUUCUUUCGUUCAGUUUUGACAUUCCGAACACUCUUGGUUGUUUAUUUAUUUACGUAUUUAUUGAUUUAUCGCGUUUUAAUUAGCGGCUAGCGAGUGAACGCGAAGGGGGAGGGGCGUAUUCAGACGCUGCGUAGCCUGAUAACGUUACGCGGUUAUAGCCUAUUUACACCAAACGAUUAUACUGCAUGUUUUAUGUAUUAAAAUAAUUAAAAAUGAUGCUUGAUAUGCAUGUCAUGUGCGUGAGAUUAACCACACAGUAGGACAGCUAGAAACCAAAUAGAGAAACCAAAUAUCUUGUUAAACAACUGUAAACUGUUGAAAAGCAAACCCUGCCAGCAGCCGCGAGUCCAUUGUGACGAACCGAGUAGUUUUUGUAUUUUGACGCGAACUGGGUUUUGACUCACGAUUUGUUUGCAAAGAAAAACCAAAGUGGUCCAGAUCAGAGCGCGCAAGGCCAUUGUGACGUUUACCGUCCGCACACCUGGUCUCGCGCGGGAUACGCAAAACACCGGAAAAGCGAUGAGCUUCUGCUAUUAAGAAAAGUCGGCUUUGAAUUAAUAACAGCGAGUCGAAUUUGCAUGCUUGUUAACAGCAUUAUAAGCAGAGUAGUUGUUAAAUCUUCAAAAAGAGAUAAAACACACAUUACGUGACCACACACGUAAUCUUUGAGCUUGAAAGAUUCCCGACUAUCCGUCUGUGUGUCAGUCCGAGAUAGAGAAUCUCUGAGCGAGCCGUAAUGACAGAAAUGCACAAUACCAAAAAUGUAAAGAAAGCUCAAGCCAUUUACUUGUUAUAAAUUAUCUAACCAAAAAAGAAAACCACAACCAAAAUAGUCUACUCGACAAAAGCAACCAAAGAAGAAGGGAAGAACAGACUGAAGACAAGUGCCAAAUCAACGAAACCAUAGAAGACAAGCCCAGACGACAGCGGAUCAUGUUUGUUCCCUUGCCGGUGCCGUUAGUUUUUCAGAGAACCGCUCCUGACUUCGGCGCCUGGCGACUCAAGUCUCCGCUGCCGCUGCGUUCCAGUAACUCCGAUAUCAGGAUGUCUAAAGCCGUAGUGGAUGACAAGACAGGAGCUGAGCUUCUAGUGGACAGUACAGACUCUGAGAGGAACAGUCCAGAAGCCAGUGAUCAGACCCAGCCCAUGAAAACAAGCCCUUUCUGUCUUUCUCCUGCCCCCAGCAACACAAAGACUAAAGCAGAGGAAGCUGCUGAGAUGGCCAGUGUUCACGGUCCUCCACCUCCACCAGCUCAGCCGGCUCUACAACACACACAACUCAUGCUGGCAGGGAGUCAGCUUGCAGGACUGGCCGCUCUGCUCCCUGCUCACCAGCAGCUGUUGUUGCAGCAGGCUCAGGCCCAGCUGUUUGCUGCGGCCGUGCAGCAGUCCAACGCAGCGCAUGCCGCCCACGCAGCUGCGGCAGCCAAUCAGGAGCAGCAGACGCAACAGCAGCAGGCCAAUCAGGCAGCCGCACAAGCCCAGAACCAAGCCAAAGCCGAGCAAACUCCUCCUCCACUAGCUCUAUCGCAGCCUAUCCAGCUCACUGCCCAGGACAUCCAGCAGUUGUUGCAGUUACAGCAGUUGGUUCUAAUGCCCGGUCACCAUCUUCAGUCUCCUGCUCAGUUCCUGUUGCCUCAGGCUCAGCAGGGCCAGCAGGGUUUGCUUUCGACACAAAAUCUGAUUUCACUACCUCAGCAAAGCCCAGGGAGUCUGUUGAACCCCCAACCCAGGCUGGGGCUCCAAGCACAGUAUCAUCUUGACGACAGACUGUGGUCAUUGCAGAGGGAGAAGAGCGUGGAGAGCGUUGUGAGCACCGCCCCGUCCUCAGCACCGCCCCUGACCUCCGUUGCUGCGGUGACGCCACAUCCCGAGGAGCCCAGCGAUUUAGAGGAGCUCGAACAGUUUGCUCGAACCUUCAAACAGAGGCGAAUAAAACUGGGUUUCACACAGGGGGAUGUCGGCAUGGCCAUGGGUAAACUGUACGGCAAUGAUUUCAGUCAGACCACCAUCUCGCGCUUCGAGGCUCUCAACCUGAGCUUCAAGAACAUGUGCAAACUCAAACCCCUGUUGGAGAAAUGGCUGGGCGACGCAGAAAACAUGGCGAUAGACAACAUGCUGCCGAGUCCCAGUUCGCUGUCCUCACCUCUGAUGGGCUUUGAAGGGAUGCCUGGGCGACGCAGAAAGAAACGCACCAGCAUCGAGACCAACGUCCGCAUUGCCCUGGAGCGCAACUUUAUCUCGAACCAGAAGCCUACCUCUGAAGAAAUCCUUCUUAUGGCCGAGCAUCUCAGCAUGGAGAAAGAGGUCAUCCGCGUCUGGUUCUGUAACCGACGGCAGAAAGAGAAGCGCAUCAACCCCUCUAGCGCCACGCCUCCGCUGCCCAGCCAGCCCCCUGCACCCACGCACAAAACCCCCUGCUACAGCCCGCACAUGAUGACCAGUCAAGGACUAGUCCAGGCUGCCACCAGCCUCAGCACAACGGCCAUCAGUCCCACAGCAUCCUUGGCCUGCCCUGUCAAUGCCAGUGGACAUGCAGCAAUGAGCUCCGCCCCUUCCUCUGUGACCCCGCCUCCUCUCAGCACAGUCAGCCCCUCUCCACGCAAUCUCAGCAGCCCUGGUCUGAACGUAGGGAACACUAUGAUGGGUGUAAGCACAGGAAUGAACCAGGCUCUCAUCAGCAACAAUACUCUGGCCACAAUGCAAGCCCUAGCUGCCAGUGGUGGUCAGAUUCCCCUUUCUGCUCUUGACGGCAGCAGCCAGAUGUUCCUGGGUGGAGCCGGAGGUCCAGGAGCUGGACUUCGCCAAUCCCUCUUCCUAAACCGCCCCACUUUGCUGCCUCUGGCGACGGGUAUGGGCAUGGGGCUGGUUAGCAACCCCAGGGCUUCUCCGCACCCCGGAGGCAGCGGCGAGAGCCCAGACUCAUGCUCCAUGUCCCCCUGCUCAAGCCCCGCCUCCUUCUGCUCAUUAGGCGACGGUUCGCCGCCCCAUCUGGGCGGAGCUAUGACCGAGUGACGCCUACGACCUGCUGGACUUGAGGGGAGUCAGAGGGGCGGAAGAAACACGAAAAACAAAACUCGCCUUUUCAACCAAAGCCAUCUCUCACUUCCCUCCAUUGCUCUCCUUUGCUCGCUCUCUCAUCAAGUCUUUUAAUGCCAAAAAUACAGUCAGUUGGAGGGAGAAACGAGCAGAAGAGAAUGGGGAUAAGGAGAGAAUAGGACGAUGGGUGGUCUGUUUAAACCAAAAAAAAAAUCUUUACACCGUGGAGAGGUGGCUACACUGAGCUACUGCGAGAAUGUACAUUUAUUCCUUUCUGAAUGGAAAACGACUAACUUACAUGAACUGAUACAAUUGAGGGCAGGGUCAAGAGCCAAAAAAACCUUCAUGGUGGAAUAAGGAAACAACAACAAAGAAAAAAAACGGGUGGCAAAGAAUGGAACAAAGAAAGGACAUCUGACAAGUGUCACUGGAUGGUAGAAGGAGAAACCAAAAAAUAAAUAAACACAGAAGAAGAAGGGAGAGACUCACAAAGACAAAAAAUGACAAAAAUGCCAAAAUUGCCAAAUACCAAAAACCAAAACCAAAAAUCGGAGAGAAAAGCUUUACCUAAGACUUUGAAACCUGACUUGUCCAGGAUCAGAUUAACUCUACACAACACCAAAAACGUCCUUUACAUUUACUUCCCACACACUCCAUAUUAUUUAUGAUGGCCUGUCAAUUUUUUUGUUUUUUCUUUUAAACUGUUUGUAAAUGUCUUUCUCAAUCUACCUCUGCUCAUUCUUUUUCAUUCCAUUAUCACUGACGAUUAAUAUUCUUCAUUAUUUCUCCGUCAACCUCAUGUAAUCCGAUAACAAGAGUUUGGAGGGAGUUUUGAAAUACCUCCCAUAUCUGGAUUUUAACAGCCAUUGCUCAACCCAAAACACACACUUUACACGCACACCCAUACACUGUAACUGUGAGACAGGUCACUGAUUUUCCUCCACCCUUUCUGUCAUUGGCCAUUUCAUUUCUGCAUCCGUUCAGAACUCAUCCAUGCCUCAAACUUUGACUCACUUUCUUGGAUACCAAAGCAUUUGUCUGACCUUUUGCGUCAGCGGAAAAGUGCUCAGACGACGAGACCUCAAACGUGUCGAAACCAAACGACGUACGAUGUUAACAUUAAAAUCCCCUUAGCCCCCAAAACCCCUGCCCUCCAUCUUCUCUGAAGCCCUGUGCCUCUGAAACACAGGAUCAAAAUGACGGACGAGCGAAACCAACGUCAGGCCUGAGGAGCAGAAACUGGGGAAACCACAACCGUGAUGCAGAGGGGAUCCUUUAAUCCGGGACGUGUGAUGUCGCCGUUGUCGCUUUUUUUUCCGACACCAAAAAUGAAACCAAAACCAAUGGACAAGCCAACUUUACUUAGUUGAAUGGAGCAAAAUGAAACCAAAUACUAGGAGCGGACGUAGAGGAGGUGAAGCAAGAUGGAAUCUUGUCAGUCUCAGACUGAGAUCGAUGUGAUGUUGAAGCGAGAAAGCUGGACGUGGCUCGGACUCGGAGAUGGUUCCAUCAUCUCCUCCCUCCUUUCUGUUCGAUGCUUUCAGUCUCCUUCCUGGACGGGAGAAUCUCUAUAAACCUCAUCGAACUGAACUUCAGUAUAUAUAAAUAUAUAUAUAUUGCUUUUUCUCUUGGUCUGUCUGUUUAUGCUGUAUGACCUUGUCUCAUUCCUUUAUAUUUUUGGGAUAAUGGGGUAAUGUAUUGCCUAUUUUCAUAUUUCGUGUGUUUCGUCAUUUUGACUUUGUCGUGCUGGGGAGUUUCCCCUCAUCAGGCGGUUUGAAACAAUACUGUGAAAAUGUAGCUUCCAAGUUUUGCUUCGAUUGAGAAUGUGAUAAGCCAAAAGUGAAAAAUACCAAAAGCGAACCGCGUUUCUUUUGACACACACGAUAAAACCAAAUAUCAACCUAACCAAUGCACAAGGGUGGAGAAAGACAGUCGGACUGUUGUAUUGGUGCUAGGUCUCUUUGAGGGAACAAAGAUUUGUGUGCGAAUGUUACGUGCGUGUGUGUGAAUGUUUGAGCGCGUGACCGCGGAAGCUCAUGUCCAGCAUGGAAACCAAACCGACAAAUGAAGCCAACGUAACAUUCGUUCAGCGUGAAACUGUCUUCGACCGCGUGAUCUUAGACGUACAAAAACACGGGACGAGUGACACCAAUAAGAAAUGUAGUGGGGUGUUGGGGUGGGAUGGGGCUUUCAAAUCAACUGAGAUUCCAGUUGACGUCUCACUUCUAGAGGGAAUGUACCUGUUAGUGCUUUGAUAGAUUUUGUAGGAAAAAAAUCUAUGUUCAACUGCUUAUUAUUGCUAAUGUAAAAAAAAGGCUGUGAUGAAAAAUAGUCCUUAUGAAAUGUUAAUGAUGACUUGAUUUUAGACCAAAAGCUUUAAACUGUCUCUCUUUGAAUUUUUUUCCCUCAAAAAUGUGUAUUUAUUGUGCGAGGGGAGGGUGUGUCGAUGAUUUAUAUGUUACCAGCUCUUCAUCUUAUUUAUUGGCUUAUUUAUGUAUUUAUAAUGCUUUAAUUUAUCGAUUUGAUCUUUUUCAACUUCGUGAAACCAAACUGGGGAAAUGCGGGGUGGUUUGAACCACAAAACAUGGUUAAGACGUGCUAAUAGAGUACAUUUGGUUUAUGUAGCGUAUGAUUUCGUCCACUGCUUCUGACCAAACAGAGAAUCGAAACGAGAUGUUUGAAAACUACCUCUCUCGGUUCUCAAUGUGAGUUAUAGUCGUGCAUAGCCUAGAGAAAACCUAACAGGUUUCGGAAGAAAUGCAACGCCCAACAUUUUCCGCCUCGGGCAAGUCACGGGUCGAUGUUAAACAUGACUCGACGUCCACACUCUUGUUCCAACUCUUUGUUUUAGGUUGUUUGUGUCACGUUUUUACGACGAGUUGGAUGAGGGAAAAAGAGUGAGAGAGAUACGCUUCUGCAUAUACCUCAUGUCUGAUUAGAAAUGCCAAAUAGAUGGGAAAAAAGCUUUAAGAAUUUGAAAAAAGGAGAGCAGAGGAGAUGUUGCUCAGGAGAGGGUCUUAUAAGAGUCUUUUGCGUGAGUAUAAGGGUUCACAGAAUUUCCCCAGAUGAUCUUUUCGAAAUCCACUUCAACUAUCUGACCCACUAGCUCCAUAUUCAGCAACAUUUAUGUGUCCUAUUUUGGAGACAGGUGGCUUUUUUACACACCUUUUAUCCGUUCUAAAAGUUCGCAUCUCUCAUAUUUUUGUAAAUAUCUUGUUGCGUUUGAGUGUGUCUGGCUCUGCUGUAUGAGGGCCCUGAAUGAAACCAAAGUUAAACCUCUACUGUCGGACCUCUUAUUAGACACACUUAAAUGCAUGGACAUUUUUGUAGACAUGCAAGACAAAGUUGUUUGCUAGUUACAUCGGAAAUGUCCCCAAACGUAUCAAAAACAAUAUUGUUGUAGUGCAGUAUGUUCUGUUGGUAUACAUUGUACAACAUUUGCCAUAUCGGGGAUAAACCUACUAUGAUCGUACAGUUUGCCGAAUUUUCUAAUUUAUCAGUAUUGAUCGUACUUGAUCGACAUAGAACUUCAUAUCAAAUCGAUUUGCAUUCUUUCUAUUAUUUCUUUUGAUUUGCCUCCUACCAAUACAGCUUAAAUCCAAAGGUAAAUGAUUAGGUCAGCAAAGAUUUAAAUGCUAAAACCUCAAGAGUUUAAACCAAAGAGUUCCACCGCAACUUUUUACAUGUUGUCAAAUGACAUGCAGAUCUUAUUCCUUUUGUUUUCCAGAAAAAAAUACUGUUCUUUUAGACAUUCGAUGUUGUUGAUGAUGAUGAUGAUUUCAUGAUGACGGUCACUUUUGACUCUGUAACUUUUUCUUCUCUGUCUUUGUGUCUCACUCUUACCUCAGAAGCUCUCCAUGGGAUUCGUAAUCCGCUUUGGAUUUUGAUCUGGAUUCUGUUCAGAACUGUUGAACUGUCUCUUACUCAUCGCUCUCUG